CUCACAGACGGCACGGAGCGCUGCGGGACGUCACGCACACCUCUCAGCUGAGUCUCGUGGAGGGCAGUUUUUGGACAAAGCAACAGGUUGAUUUUGAUGAAAGAGAGAGAUUAGUUGGGCGAGUAAGACGCGCUGAGUAAGAUGCGGAGCUUUUUGACGCGCGGGGGGACAACUUCUGCGCCACUCUCUGUUGUGGCACGAGCACAGUGAUUUCUCCAAGGCGUCCUCAGUUUGAGUGACUUCUAAAAAGCAUGACGUCCUUUAAUGUGGCGUGUUUCCUGCGUUGUGUCCUCACGCUCGGGAGUGCGACUCAUGGGAUGUAGUAAAUGGAGAGCUGCGCUCAACUGUGGACACCUGAGGGUGCAGUCCAAGCUGUCCGUCUUCUUUACCAUGAUCAUCUUCUUCACGUACCUCUUCUACUGCCUUAACGGAUACUGUGACUCCUUACCCAGGCCCGUUUAUGACCAACAGAGUAAUCUUCCUAAUAAAAUCAUCCUAAAUGAUGAAGCGUCACCGCAGCAGCUCGGCGCGCUUAACGCGUCUCAGGUUGUCCGGGAGCAGCUGUCAGACGCUCCGUCCGACAGUAAUCUCUCUAUAGCCAACACUUUCGGCAGCAAAAAGUUUCCUCAGGCCAUCAUCAUCGGGGUGAAGAAAGGUGGCACGCGCGCUCUGCUGGAGUUCCUGCGCAUCCAUCCGGACGUGAGAGCCGUCGGCUCGGAGCCGCACUUCUUCGACCGCUUCUACGAUAAAGGACUGGACUGGUACAGGAACCUGAUGCCUCGCACUCUGGAGGGUCAGAUCACCAUGGAGAAGACUCCCAGUUAUUUCAUCACCAAAGAAGCCCCUCGUCGCGUCUUUUCCAUGAGCCGCCACACCAAGCUCAUCGUGGUGGUGCGUGACCCCGUAACUCGGGCUGUUUCUGAUUACACCCAGACUCUGUCCAAAUCCCCCGGGCUCCCAUCCUUCAAAAACCUUGCCUUCCGCAACGCCACCACGGGCCUCAUCGACACAUCCUGGAGUGCUGUGCGCAUCGGCAUCUAUGCCAAGCACCUUGAGAACUGGCUGCGAUACUUCCCGCUCUCACGCCUCCUCUUUGUCAGCGGAGAACGCCUCGUGACAGACCCGGCGGGUGAGAUGGGCCGUGUCCAAGACUUCCUGGGGCUCAAACGCGUGGUGACGGACAAGCACUUCUACUUCAACCAGACCAAAGGUUUCCCCUGCCUGAAGAAGCCAGAGGGGAGCAGCCGGCCCCGCUGCCUGGGGAAGUCGAAGGGCAGGCCCCACCCCCAGAUCCCCAACGAGGUCCUGCACAGACUCAGAGACUUCUACAGACCCUUCAAUCUCAAGUUUUACCAAAUGACCGGCCACAAUUUCGGCUGGGACUGAACUCGACAAAGCUCUUAAAAACUGUUAAGCCAACGACCAGAACCAGUCAGGGAAAUCUUGUGUUACCAAAGCUUUGAAAUGUGUGUAAAAUAUGCCUUUCCUUCCUUUCUUAAGCUCUGAAAACUCCGCCUUGCUCCAGA